CUAAAUUAAAUCAAAUAAAAAUAUUAAAAACUUCAAUUUUCAAAACUCUAGAGUUUCUUAAAAAAGUAUAAGAUUUUAAGAAUGCACAAAAGAAAUUAUUUUUGCAAUGAACUAACUAUUUUUAAUUCUUAUGUAUUAGCAUGUUAUCCAUUUUUAUAAAUAAAAUAUGUUGUUUAAUAUUGUAUUUUAUAAGUGUUUGGUUUACUUAUUUUUACUAAUAUUAAAAUAUCUAACAAAAAUAAAUUAAUGUUUUUAAAAAUGUACAGUUGUUGAUUUUGAUUUUGAAGUACUUUAAUUUAUAGUGCAUACAAUCGAGAAAAAGUGACUAAAAAUAUGUUGAUGCAAUUUUACUAAUUUUUGGUUGUAAAUUUAUAAAUAUGUCCUCGUCUUCUCAGUAUGUAAUUUUACAUAUUUUAAAUCUACAUUCAUUUGUUAAUUAUUUAUACAAUACUUCUUUAGAGCUCAUUGGUGUUAAUAUAUCAAACGUGGUAAUUGAUUUAUCUCACUGGAAUGUUAAUGUUGAUUUUGGAUUGGCUAAACGUAAUGGGACUAUUGCUGUGAUUCAUAAGGUAACUCAGGGAAUUAAAUAUGUCGACUCUCACUAUAGAACCAGACGAAUUGAAGCUGAAAAAGAAGGACUACUUUGGGGAGCAUAUCAUUUUGGUACUAAAACAAAUGGUGUCAUGCAGGCUAAUCACUUUUUAAAGAAAGUUGGAAAUGCAUCAACAACUUUACUAGUUUUAGAUGUCGAGUCUUAUAUAAAUGAAACAAUGACACAAAAGCAAAUUGAAGAUUUUAUAAUAACUGUUCAAAAUACAACUAAAAACUUUGUUAUGAUAUAUGCCAGUUAUAAUACCUUAAAAAACUACACUACCCCAUUUUUAUUAAAAACUCCACUAUGGAUAGCUCUUUAUAAUGAAUCACUUAAAUUACCUCCAAGUUGGAAUAAAUGGGUUUUAUGGCAAUAUACAGAUGGAAAAAAGGGUUUAUGGCCUCAUGGAGUAGAUGGAGUUGGCUUGUGUGAUAGAAAUAAAUUUAAUGGUUCAGUUGAUAAACUCAGAGCAUUUUGGCCAAAUGGAAGUUUGCCUCUUUAAUGAGUUUAGGUAUAUUUUAUAUCACGUAUAGUAGUUUUUAUGUUGAUUUAAUUUGUUAGUGUUUACUUAAUUAUAAUUUCUAACCAAUUAUUUCAAUAAUAAACAUAUGAUUGUCUUAAGUCAAUAUUAAAUGUAGAUCAAGAAUUUUAUGACUAACAGAAUAUGAAAUAAAAUAAAAUAUUAUCUAUACACAAAUACAUAUAUUAUGCUUAUUUAAUAUUGUUUCUAAUUAGUAAUUAUUAUACUUAGAUAGGUAAAAUUUAAUAAGAUCUUCUACUUUAACACUUAAUUUUUCAAUAUAAUAUUUUGAAAAUAAUCAUAUUAGUAAAAUUUACCUUUUAAAUACAAGAACUUUGGGGGGUUCAACCCCCCGCCUAAAAAUAAAAAGUUAUUCUAGUUGUGGCCUUGGUAAGGUUUAAUACUACAUAUAAUUAAUUUGUUUCCAUAAAAUAUAUUAAAAGAGAAAAAAGUUUGAUUAAGCUCUAUCUAUAAUUGGUAGGUUUCUUUUUAUUCUAUUGUUAAUUUUCUUAUUUUUCUAUUUUUACAAUGUACUUACAAAAGGUUUUAUUUAGACAUUUUAGUUUGAUUGUUACUUUAAAUAAAACAUACUAGCAAAUAAAACUAAAUCUAUUAUUUGAAAAAAAUAUGAAAAGAAAGCUGCAUUUGUUGAAAUUGGUUAAUUUUCCAUCUCAUUUUUAUAAGCAUUCUAUUCAUUUCAAACAAGAAAAUUAAUUUAAUCUACUGGUUAAAUAUAUUUACUUUUUGUUAUUUUUAUUUUGCAAUCAUUGACAACCUACUUAACCUACCUCACACUAAGUAAAUACAGAUUUACAUUUGAUAAAACAAUAUCAAUGCAUGACUUAAUAAUUACUUAGUUGUUUUUAUUCUUACAGUAUGUCAUAUGUAUAUGAGAUAUUAUUUUGAUGUAGUAUGUUUAACAGUUUUUAGCUAUUUGUAUUUUUAUUAACAACAAUGGAUUCAAUUUAAGUUUCUCUUUUAGUAGAAGUAUAUCAAUACACUGCACAUUUAUUUUUAAUUAAGACCUGAAAAAGUGGUGGAGGGGCUUAGGCCAACUUUAACAAAUUAUAAAUGUAUAUAACAUAUUACUAGUAUCUGCAAUCUAUUUACGUUAAUUAUAUGUUAAUCAUCAACAUUUUAUUUGUUAUAACAUCUCUAUUGAUUAUAUUAUGAAUUAUCUAUUAAAUAACUUAUAAGUCUUCAGAUAAUUUGUAGUAAUAAUAUAAUUAUGCAAUUUUCAUAUACAUACGUGUAUAUGUGUAUUAUAUAAUAUAUAUUAUGUGAUGUAGACAUUUAUUAUUAUUAUUAUUAAAUGUAUUAUUAUUAUAUACUUUUUAUUGAAAUUCAAAAUUUUUAAAGAAAAUGUUAUUUUACUUAUUGCGUGUUAUGUGAUAAAACUGCUCGGAACGGUUGUAAGAUUUAUAUAUAUACAUAUAUAUGAUUAAUAAACGAGUAAUUAUUGUUGUAGCAAAUA